AUGUCGACAUCCCUUCCAAACUUGCGUCUUGCGAUACUGGGCAAGCUGGAUUGGGAGUUCGCCGCAUGCCUUCUCGUACUGGCUUCCCCGAUCAUCAUGUUCGCAACAGUGUACCCUCACAAUGGGCAGCCCUUGCCCCGGUGGCCGUUCAGUAUCUCGAUCAACUCUCUGCUCUCUGUCUAUACACUAGUGCUCAAAUCAUCAAUAGGCGUCAUCCUCACCUCAUGUAUCGGGCAGCUCCAGUGGACGUGGUAUUCUGAGAUACACCCCCUGACGGACAUGCUUCGUUUCGAUAAUGCAACUCGAGGCGCAGCCGGAGCACUAGGCUUAAUCUGGCGGCAGCGAUUUCGACGACCGCUUACAGUACUCGGAUGCGUCAUAAUGGUACUCGCCGUUAUGAUUGAUCCCUUUGUACAACAGCUUGUACAGCCUAUAGAUUGCAGUGUCGAGGUCUCGGGCGAUACCGCGUCUGCGAGCUUGCCACGAACUAAUUGGUUCGAUUUCUAUGGUUUGGAUCAAAACGCGAGCUCUGUGAGCCCGCAAAAGGCCGUUGAAAGUGUCAUGUACAACGCAGUCUUCUCUGCGGGGCAGGAUCCUCCCUGGCAGUGCUCUACGGGCAACUGCACAUUCCAUGUCAACUAUGCCACUAUCGGAGUCUGCUACUCCUGCCAAGACCGCUCCGCGGACGUUAUCCUAAAUCGCAGUUGCUCAGAGCCUGAUGCGUCCUAUGCAAGCCAGCACCCGACAUCUGCGACAGAUUGCCCUGCCAACUCGAGCUUUUCCGUCGACUCUUCCUUUCACGGCGACAGUUCUUACAAGCCGAGUACCAAGACGGCUAUUGGCCCCGAUAGAAUCCAAGAUUUUCUUGCGGUUCUCGCCGACACAUAUUCCGAACUAGAAUGCGAAGCAGAAUGCGAACAAAGUGCCUAUUUGCCGAUUGGUUCCAGAGUUCUUUUUGAAUUCCUUCUCGGAGCCACAGCUAUCUCCGAUGGACGCAUCGAUUGGACCACUUCUGACAACUCGACAUGUAAUUCGAAUGAGAAGGAGCAAUCGUGGGCCUGCCAGGGGUAUGGCGCCGCCACAUGUUCCCUAUAUCCAUGUGUCAAGAUCUACAAUGCCACUAUCUCCGCCGGUAAACUUGAAGAGAAUCUGUUGUAUCUAUCUGAUUUCAGCAAGCUCAAUUAUGGGCGGGCUAUCCGAGUAUUUGAACGGCAUGGUGCAGGCGGUUUCAUUCAGCUCAGCCACUGA